AUGCUAACCAAACCACCGAUCCGGAUUGGCAACGUCUCAGGCGCCACGGGGGACCAUCCGCACGCCAUGAAACGCAUGGUCGAGUCCGGCGACGUCCAUGUCAUCACGGGCGACUGGCUGUCCGAGAUGAACAUUGCGUGGAACGCCAUCACCAAGCGAGACGUCGACCCGGACCUGGGCUACGAGGACGGCUUCUACCUGCAGCUGGAGGAGUGCCUGGACCAGAUCAUGGAGCAGGAUAUCAAGGUGGCCACCAACGCAGGCGCCUUGAACACUAUGAGUCUCUUCCGCAAGGUCCAGGCGCUUUGCGUGGCACGCGGGUACAAGGACACGGUGGUCGCCGCCGUGCUGGGAGACGACGUCUCGGAGCUGGUCACAGAUCCCGACAAGAGGCGUGCUUCGAGAUUCCCGCACCUCGAUCACCCAGAGCGGACGCUCGACGAAUGGCACCUGGACCCCAUCUGCGCCAAUGCGUACAUCGGCUGUCGUGGCAUCGCUAAGGCCCUGGAAGCCGGUGCCAGCAUCGUCAUCUGCGGGCGCUGUACCGAUGCGUCGCCCGUCAUGGGGGCGGCGGCGUGGUAUUUUGGCUGGCGCGAGGACCAGUACACCGAACUGGCCGGCUCGCUGCUCGCGGCGCACCUGAUCGAGUGUGGGCCUUACGUUGUGGGGGCCAAUUUCUCGGGCUUCAAGGGGUUUUUGCCAGACCUGGUCGAUCUGGCCUUUCCCAUUGCCGAGAUCGACUCCGCCGGCGGAUGCAUCAUCACCAAGUCCGCUCAAGGAGGAGGUCGCGUGACCCCCGAGACGGUCAAGGCGCAGUUGCUGUACGAGCUACAAGGACAUCUCUACCUCAACCCGGACGUCGUGGCGGAUCUGUCGCAGGUCCAGGUGGAGGAGGCCCAAGAUGCAAGCCAAAGAGAUCGGGUCAUGGUCCACGGGGUCAAAGGCCUGCCGCCGCCUCCAACGACAAAAGUCAUGGUCGCCGCGCCAGGCGGGUACCAGGCCGAAGCAACCUUCUACAUCAACGGACUGGACGUGGAAGCCAAGGCUGCCAUGAUGCGCCGACAGCUGGAGCACAUCUUGCAGGGGAACAAAUUCAGCCGAUUCAGCGUGGAGCAGUACGGAUCCCAGGUCGACAGUCCGCGGUCGCAACAGGCCGGCACCGUCCAGCUGCGUGUCUUCGCCCAGGCCAGGAACAGGGCCGACAUCGAGGCGUCCGCGUUCAAGACCCCCAUCUACGCCCUGCGCAUGCAGAGCUAUCCCGGCUACCACAUGAACCUGGACUUCCGGACCAUGGACCCCAAGCCGUUCAUGGAGAUCUUCCCGGCCCUGAUGCCGCUGUCGAUGGUUGAUCACCGCGUGGUCCUCAGCACCGGCCAGACCGUCAAGGUUGAUCCGCCACAAACGACGGCCGAGUACCCGGUGCAGCGCCCUUCUUCGGAGACGGAGGCUCCUAUCGACUUGAAAUCCCUCGGCCCUACUGAAACGGCGCCCCUGGGAAGCAUUGUCCACGCGCGAUCCGGCGACAAGGCGGACAAUUCCAACAUUGGGUUCUUCGUCCGCCACCGCGACGAGUACCCCUGGCUGCGGACCUACUUGACCGUCCCGCGCUUGAAGGAACUGUUCGGCGACGACUGGCAGAAGGGAGACCCCGAUCGGAGGGUGGAGCGAGUGGAGUUUCCCGGGAUCAAUGCAGUGCAUUUCCGAGUCCUCGACAACCUCAACGGCGGCAUCGCGUCUUCAGACCGUAUCGACGGUCUCGGAAAGGGCGUCGCAGAGUUCCUCCGAAGCAGACACGCCGAGAUUCCAACUCGCUUCCUCCAACGAGGCUGGAUUUGAGGCCACGGCGGCGGCCCACCAAGUACAUCCAACAGGUUCACAUAUGCUGGCCGAAGAUCAUUGAAGCAAGAAGUCGCGUUAGGUUCUCAAACGUCGAUCUGUCGCCCCGAAGAAGCACAGAAAUGGAGUUGCCCGAUUUCUAGACGUCUGGGGUGCUACAGGGAUCCUGCAUACCGAAGAACCAGUAUUGAUAAAGCCGGGCAGUGGCAUCUCCACCAUAUUGGUCGGUACAUCAACUUUGCAACUUUGCAAGUCAUCAAAGCACCUGCAGUCUUGCAGGGCGCUGUCGACUACCAUGUGGCUAGAACUCGCCUGCUAUGCUUGAUCAAUGUCUGGUAUCGCGGGUAAUUGCAGGCCCUGCGAGUCUGUGCCUCGAGAAUGUCCGCGAGCACGGCGUCGCUCAGACGGUCAAAGACGCGCGAAACAGCUCCCGGCCGUGCUCCAGCGUUCCGGGACCGCGACGACGAGGGACAUUUGAGCCUAGAUAGCGUGUUUGCCACAAGGCGUUUUACCAACG